AUGGUUACCAUCGCCUAGGUUUUAAGAGAGGCAAGCUGCUUCAAGUCCCUUUCCUCCCCAGCAGUUGUAGGUCAUCUAUACCGAUAUCAAUGGCUUUCUGGGGGAUUGAAGUAAAACCUGGAAAACCAUUCACUCAUUCUACUGGAAAAGGAAGGCUUCAUGUUUCCCUGGCAACCUUAGGAACUGGAGCUGCGUCAAAGAAAAGCAUUGUUCAGUGCAAUGUGGGAGAUAAGAGUCCAGUAUUUCUGUGCUCUUUGUUUCCUGAGAUAGCUGAAACUUGUCAGCUGAAUGUGGAAUUUGAGGAGAAUGAUGAAGUUAUAUUCUCUGUUAUUGGUCCUCGAAGUGUUCACCUGGUUGGUUAUUAUCUACAAAAUGGUCGGUGUGCCACCCUAGAUGAUGAUGAAUUAGAAUCCUAUGGAGAAGAUAUUGCAGAUACAGAGACAGAAAAAUCUGAUCAUAGUGAUGAAGAUGAUUAUGAGGAUAGUUUCAUAGAUGAUGAUGAUGAUCGAGCACCUUCAAUUGAUGGAAUAAUUGAGGAGACACCGCAGAAAAAGAAACCAAAGAAAGGGACCAAACGACUUAGGAGGAAGUACCAUGUGAGUGAAUCUGAGAAUGAUGACAGUCCUGAAAAGCAAAAUUUUGUCACAUCUAGCUCUCCUGCGAAGAACUUGGACACUGAAAGUGAAGACAAUUUGCUUAUUUCAUCUCUCUGUGAGGGUAAUUCUGUAUCAAAGAGCUUAGCAUUGGAUGAAGAAAAUGCUGAAAAAGAAGAAGAGAUGGCCCACAUCAAGGAAACUACAAAUAAAGGUUAUUCUCUUUCGCUUUCCGAAAGGACUGAUGUUGCUGCAGAUGUUAAGCAUCAAAGUGGACUGGAUGCUGAAAAUGACACAGAUCCACAGAAGAAAAUUAAAUACCAGCAAGAUGAGGCAACUGGCAGCCUCUGCCAGGAUCUCCAAAUGAAAUGCGAGCCAAAUGAGAAGCAUGUGCUUGACAGGGAAGAAGGUUCAGUUCCAAAUAACCUUAAAAAAUUAGGAAAGGAAGAAAAUUUUCCAGGAUCUAGUUGUGAUGAUGAUGGCAUUGCUUGCAAAGACAAUGCCCAGAAGCAAGGGGGAGAGCUGGAAAAUAUGCAGCAGGGUCUACCACAGAGAAAUGAACAAAAUGAAACAUCGGAAAAUAAUGAUGAAGGGAAUGUGCCACUUAAUCUCCUGCAACAAACUGAGGUGGACCUCUCAGAAGAUGAUGCAAAGCCAAAGAGAAAGAGGAAACAUAGAUUAGAAGAGAAAAUUCCUGGAGACAUUGUCAUCAAAGAGGGUGAGAGCCAGACAACUGAGGCGAACUCUGACAGCUCAGCCAAAGAUCUACCUGUUAAUAAGGAGCAAACUGAGAUGCAUGGCAAUGACAAAAACUUUGGAAGUGAUGCUGAUGGAAUUGUAGUUGAGAAUCAUUCUGGAGGAAGGAGAAAGAAGAAGAGGACUAAGAAUCUGGAGAAUGGGGAUGAAAUGAAGUUUGAAUUACCUUCCUUAUCAGUUGACAUUGAGGCCAACAAUAUUGAUGGCCAGUCAACUCAACUUAGGACCUUGUCAAAUGGAUUAAUCAUUGAAGAGGUAGAAACAGGGAAACAAGAUGCCCAAAUAGCUACCCUUGGGAAAAAGGUUAGUAUCCGCUACACUUGCAAGUUAAAGGAAAGUGGCGACGUAUUGGAUUCAAAUGUUGGAAAAGUACCAUUGAAGAUUCGGCUAGGUAAGAAAGAAGUUGAAAAUGUUUGGGAUCUUGGCCUUGAUGGCAUGCAAGUUGGUGGCAAAAGAAGACUAAUUGUUCCACCAUCAUUGGAUUGUAGGGUGAAAGGUGUUGGCAAGAAUAUCCCCCCAGACUCUUUUGUGGUGUUUGAUGUGGAAUUGAUAAAACUGAAGUGAUUGUUUUUGCCAUGGCGUUUUUGGUUUUGCCCGCCUUUCCACUAAAGCUAUAUCUAAGUCGUGAUGAAUGUUGCCCCCAACCACUGGGUUUAUUAGUUUAUUGGCUACCUUGAGAUGUCUUUGAAGAAGAAUUUUGCUUUUUGGUAUUUAACAGUGGGUGUAAAUGAGUGCGUGUAAGAACAACUUCUGAGUAAUAUAUUCAAGCAAAUUUU